AGAGAAAGAGAGAGAGGGGAGGAUGUCACCCAUGGCUGCCACUCAUCACUCACAGCCUAAUGACGCCGCUUUUUUCCCCCUCCUUCCCUCCCCGCCGUGGGAGAGGGACGCUAUGAGAGGAGGGGAAAGGAGGGAGUGCAGCCCGAGUAAACGGGGGUCACUCAGAGUUCACAACCUCCAGGUGGGACUCUCCUCCACUCGGGAGGUAUUUGUGCUGCUGUUGUGACGACUAUCUGGACCAUGUUGCGAUGCUUUAGCGUACAUGCUAGCAUCUGGUUCAAAUGUUUUGGUUUUGUUGUUUUAGGUUUCCUAUAAACCUGCAACAGCAACGGAAAACAUGGUCACAUAUGGGCCAUUUGUUGGCGACGAACGAAGAAACACUCCACACUUGUCCUUGCUGCUCUUAUCCAAAAGCGGAUUUUGAGUUCCCUUGUCGAUGAGCGCUACGGUCGGCCAUUUUUGUUGUCGUGUAACGCUUGUUUUUAUUGUAGGAAGACCAAAACAACAACUGAGAAGUGGUUUUAAAUGUGUGCUUACGACUGCUCAAGCUUUGAAUUGAAAGUGUGAUAAACAAGCCCUGAUUGGCACGGCCACUGUCCUCUUAGCUGCAAAGAAAACCACGCACAACAACCCGGAAAACUUGACAAAUUGCGCUUUCAAGCCCGACAUAACAUAAUAAAUAAACAGACAUCCAAAACGACACUUUUUUUUUACACAUUUUCUAUUUCCGUAAAUGGCUUCGUUAACUAGUCGGGCGUAUGUUUGCGUCCCUACGUAUCAGUUUUCAGCGUACAGGCAAAAACGUGGAAAACAACAGAUGAGACGUAAACGUGGUCAAGAGCCGGCGUCCCGCGUGGAGAAAAGACUUCCUUCUGGCUUUUCCUCUCUGCUCUUAUCCACAAGAUUAUUUUUAAUGCCAUUCAUCGUUGGAGAAUUGGAUGAGCACUUUGGGAUGCCAUUUGUAUUGUGGUUCUGUAGGGUCGGUGCGUGCUUUUAGCCGGUAGCGGGUCACGCCAAUGCAAAUUGCGCUUUGAGAGGGCCUGUUUUCAAAUGCUUGCACUUUCAAGCCCUAAAAUAUCAAAACAACACUUUUUUUACACAUUACAACAGACCUUUAGUACCCGUGUUUAUAUUUUUUAGCCGGUAGGAGGAGGUAAAGCAACACAUAAAACUUCAGCGUCUUUAUGACCCGUCUUGCGUGUCACUCGGUUGUUUGUGUGUUUGCUUGCGGAGAAAACACUUCCUUCUGGGAUUGGCUGGCUUCCUAUCCCAAUCUUUGGAUUUGCGUGCGUGCGUUCGUUCGUGUGUGUGUGUGUGUGUGUGUGUGUGUGUGUGUGUGUGUGUUUCACUUGUCCUCGUAGUUUCUGGGAAGCGUCAGCCGUUUAAAACUCAAACUAUUUUUUUCUCUCUCCCACCACCACCAUCAUCGCCACCUCCCUCACUCUCCUCCUCGCACCAAAUUUGGGGAACAGCUGGGGCGGCCAUGACGAUGAUUUGUCUCCUUCUGCCCGUCCGCUUGACAGCUUCAGAGCACGCACGCACACUCGUCCGCCAUCACUAAUAGACACACACACGCACGCAGUAAGACACAUAGCCUUAUACAGAGGCCAUGUUUUUUCUGGCCGCUGCCAAAACACGGCGAUUUCCUUUAAGCCGCGGCGGCCAUACAUCAACAUGGGGCCUCCCAGCCCGGAUGGCAGGGGCUGACAGAAUGACACGUGUCAUUUAUCAAACGAGGGGGCUCCGGAGAGGGGGGCUUCAGACGGCCGCGUGACAAAGCCCCCGCAACCAAAGCAACAUCUGAGGGGGGACGUGCAUGAGCCGAACACAAGGAAGGUCAAGUCAGCUCCCAACGUUUCUCACAAGUUGUUUCUCCACAUCGAUUGGCUGGACGCUUACGGUCCCGAAGAUGAUUUCAGAGGGGACAAGGCAGAAGAUGAGGAACACCUUCAGGACGACGGCCUAUCCCUGGACGGCCAGGACACAGACAUGUUCAACAACGACGAGGACGGGCGGGAUCGCUUCAGCUGCCAGAACUCGCCGCUCAGUAAUGGCACCAACCCGGACGCCGGGUACGCCUCACCGCUCAGCACGGCCAGCGAUCACCUGGCGGAUCUCCAGGCGUCGCCCUUGGAGAAGCCAGAGGAGACAGUGGAGUCGAUCAACGGCCAGUCCCUGCAGGACAGUUUGGCCAAAAUGAAAGCGGUAUACGCAAACUUGAUCUCUGACGCCUCAUGGUCUAGCAUUGCUUUGGACAUGCUGAAAAGUAAACAAGAGGAUGACAAGACAGACAAAAGUGAUCACAAAGCAAGCAAUGGGCUCCUGAACAAUCACAGCCAGUCUAGCAUCCCAUCAAAGACCAGAUGUAGCUCAAGUAGCACCUCAGCUACGACAAAUACGACCACCAGCAGUACCACGACAUCGCGAACAGCAUCCAGCAACAGUGGUGUCAACUCGGGACUGGCCUACGAUUGGCACCAGGCUGCCUUGGCCAAAACAUUGCAGCACACUCCGUACCAACUCCUCCCUGAGCCUAGCCUCUUCAGCACCGUGCAGCUAUACAGGCAGAACAACAAGCUGUACGGACCUGUUUUUACAGGCGCUAGUAAGUUCCGGUGUAAGGACUGCAGUGCCGCAUAUGACACUUUGGUAGGACUCACUAUCCACAUGAACGAGACUGGACACUAUCGCGACGACAAUAAGGACACAGAGGACGAUCGUGGCAAGAAGUGGUCCAAGCCUCGCAAGCGUUCUCUCCUGGAAAUGGAGGGCAAGGAGGACGCCCAGAAAGUUCUUAAAUGUAUGUACUGCGGCCACUCCUUUGAGUCCUUGCAAGACCUUAGCGUCCACAUGAUCAAAACAAAACACUAUCAGAAAGUGCCUCUAAAAGAACCAAUGCCGGCUCUCACCUCCAAGCUCAUCCCGCCCACCAAAAAGAGAGCCUUUCACGACUUGAUGCUGCCGAACUCCCCUGAUUCUGUCUCAUCUGGCAUCCCCCUCGGAGAGACAGCCAAAGACCAGAAGGCUAUCAAUCCUUAUGUCACUCCCAACAACCGCUACGGUUAUCAGAACGGCGCCAGUUACACCUGGCAGUUUGAGGCACGGAAGGCACAAAUUCUCAAAUGUAUGGAAUGUGGCAGUUCGCACGACACCUUGCAGCAACUGACAGCGCACAUGAUGGUCACAGGACACUUUCUGAAAGUCACCAAUUCAGCGUCAAAAAAAGGGAAGCAGCUGGUUUUCGAUCCGGUCAGCGAGGAGAAGAUCCAGUCCAUUCCUUUGCCGCCAACCACUACCAAACUUCCAGCUCCUAAUGAGAAGUCGCAACCUGACUCCCCUUUGCAGCCGGAGGAGGAGGAGGAGAGUCAGGAGGGAGAGAAUGAUGAGGCAGAGGAAGUGAAAGCAGAUAGAAAAAUAAAAGAAGAAAAGGAGGAUCCACUUGAGAAGCCUGAAAAGGCAAAAUCCUACCAAUAUCUCAGAGAAGAAGACUUGGAGGAGACGCCUAAAGGGGGGCUAGACAUCCUGAAGUCGUUGGCUAACACAGUCUCAAGUGCAAUCAGCAAAGCCCAGACGGGUGCACCAACAUGGGGGGGAUACCCCAGCAUCCAUGCCGCCUAUCAGCUCCACGGCUCCCUGAAAUCUGUGUCUUCCUGUGCACAGGUUCAGCCUUUAUUCAGCAGCAACACCUUAAAGGCACCGCCCUGCGACUUGGCGCCCUGUAGCCCCACAUCACCUCCCAGCCACAGGAACAACAACAUGCAGGCCAUGGAAAAGUUAGUGGAGAAAGUUAGCGGGAAGAGUUCAGUGAAAGAGGAGAAGCCCUUAGAGAAGGUCAGGUGUGCUAAGUCGUCACUGACAAGUUCCAAAGAGAAACGGGCUUCACCUAAGCUGGGAGAAGACACCACCGAGUUUAGAAGCAAAGAAUACGAUCAAACGAGAACCAACAUAAAGGAGGAGGUGACGUCACCAAAAAAGCUUGAUGGCGAUGGCUGCAAUAAUCUGAGCAUCAUCACUGACCACUCACCUGAGCAGCCGCUAGUUAACCCUCUCAGUGCCCUGCAGUCCAUCAUGAACAACCACUUGGGGAAAGCUGCUAAAGUGGCGACCGCCUUCAGCGACCCCUUUGCCAUGCUUUACAAGAUCAACAAUAAAUCUGCUCCAGUGAAGGAGCCUGUGAAUGCGUACCAAAGUGACGAUCAGCCCAUGGACUUGACGAAAUCAAAGGGCACCAACGGAGGAACGACGACAAACCAUGGCCUCACCAACGGACAACCAGGUAACAAAAGCCCUCCUCUUCGGGAAAACGCUUUAAUGGAUAUAUCGGACAUGGUGAAGAACCUGACAGGCCGCUUGACGCCGAAGUCUACAACGCCGUCAUCUAUCUCUGACAAGUCAGACGUAGAUGCUGUAACUUUCGAGGACAGCCUUGAGGAACUGUCGCCUAUCCAAAGAAGGAAAGGCCGGCAGUCUAACUGGAAUCCCCAGCACCUCCUUAUCCUCCAGGCCCAGUUUGCCUCCAGCCUGAGAGAAACCCCUGAGGGGAAGUUCGUCAUCAGCGACCUCGGACCCCAGGAGAGGGUGCACAUCUGCAAAUUCACUGGUCUCUCCAUGACCACCAUAUCGCAUUGGCUGGCCAAUGUCAAAUACCAGUUGAAGCGGACAGGCGGCACCAAGUUCCUCAAGAACAUGGACUCUGGCCAGCCAUUGUUUUUGUGCGGCGACUGCGCUUCUCAGUUCAGAACUCCUUCCUCCUACAUCCACCACUUGGAGUCCCACCUCGGGUUCACCCUGAAGGACCUCUCCAAGCUGUCCAUAGAUUUAAUAGAGCAGCAGGUAGUCAGCAGGAUGGACGAAAAGGCAUUAUCGGGGUUCAAAGAAGAUGACAGCGUUGGCGGCGGGUGUGUGAAUCAGUGCAAACUGUGCAAUCGGACAUUUGUGACUAAGCAUGCCAUCAAGUUGCACCUUUGCAAAACGCACGGCAAGUCGCCAGAGGACCAUCUCAUCUUUGUCAAAGACUUUGAAAAGCAGUGACUUGGCGAGGUUUUACUCGGAGCUUACUAGACGUGUACAAAGUAUCAAAGCACGUUGUCAUCAAAACAUGCUAGCUUUACGCCACAUCAUGUAAGUAGUCAUACAUGCAGAACGUCCAUAAAGGUGCGGGGGGGCCCGCACUGUUCCAAAGUUGAAUUUGUGGUGAUGUAACCACAGCACUGCGAAGUCACUGACUGUCGCUUUUUUUUUUUUUAUAAACGCACUGCAUCUUUUAUGAGCCUUUUGGGAAUUGUCCAUCUGUUGUUUUUAAAAACUGGACCACGCUCCUUCCUGUCUGUCACGGACAACUUGCAUAUUAUUUAUGAGACGGUUGUGCAUGUUUUCACAUCAAAGCGGAAAUUGCGUCCUGGUUUAAAAUGAAAUUUGACAGCCAUUGAAAUGAAGGAAAAUUGGUAUUUUCAGCUUAAUUUAAACAAGUGUGAAUGAAUAAAAACAUAAUCAGGCAUUUGUUUGUUUAAUAGCAAAAAAAAAAAGUGUUUAAGUAUCAUUUCCUAAUUGUUUGUACAGUAUUUGCAUUAGUUGUCAAAUGAAUGAAGUUAUCGUAUGAAUAAUCAGCAAGGACGUGCUUGCUCAUUAUGAUUAUUUGUACCAUGUGCAUUUUUCUAUAAUGUUAUUUUCUAGACAAAGAUGGCUGAAAGUGUAAAAAGCUACAGAGUAAUGAUCCCGUAUUGGGGCUGACAUAAAAAAGGAGGAACGGAGAAUAAAGAACACAUUCUCAAGGUUUUUUUUUGCAAUGAUGUUAUUUUAGGUUGUAAAAUAAACUCCAUGGUUUCAAAUGCAAUGUUGUGCUGUCCUUUUAUACUACUACUAAUAAGGUAUUCUGUCUAUAAGUAGGCUUUACAAAUACAUUAUCAAGGACCACAACGAGACGAAUAACUUGGAAAAUAUACAAAAAACUAGGGAUGCACGAUAUCUUUUUUCAAGCCUAUACCAAUA